AUGGGGUGGUUUUCAUCUGGGUUUGGGAAGUUUUUGGUGUGGUCAAAAGACACUAUUUCCGUAUGGGUAGAAGAAGAUGUCAUGGAGACCAGUUUUAGAGCUUCUCUUCAAAAAGUUGUUUAUGCUUUAUUCUUAUCCUUUCUUGCUUUAGGAGGAGCAAUAGUAGGAGGAGUUGUUGGAGGGAUAAAAGGAUAUUCAUCGUCGGUAGGGUUUCUGCGAGGAGCCGCAAUAGGAGCCAUGGCAGCUGCAAUCUCUCUAAUCCAGCUUUUGGAAUUCUUAGCUCAUGGAGAGCCAUUUUCCAAGCUUGGCUUCUUGCUCUCUCUAUUGGAUGGAAAGAACUUCAACGAAUGGGUUAGUCCCGCUGUGCUCAAAGCCUAUCAAUGGAUGGUAAUGGAGCCAGUGGAGAAUAUUAUUAGUUUCGAUGAAGAUGAUUAUCAUGUGGAGUUUAAUAUUGAGGGCAGAGAAAUGAAAGGAUUAUCUGCUGAUUAUAUAGAGACGUUGCCCAAGUAUAAAUUAACCUCCCGUGUCGAUCUUAUGCUUAAUAAUAUCACUAACAAUAAUAAUAAUAAUAAUGCUCGAUCAACCAGCCAUAUUACAUCGGGCAGCUGCUGCCCUAUUUGUCUUGAGGAUCUUAGAGAAGGCGAGGUUGUACGGAAGUUGCCAACGUGUCGACAUUCGUUUCAUAUGACAUGUAUCGAUCAAUGGUUGAGUCAAUGCGGCUCUUGUCCUUUGUGCAGACAACAACUCCUUUAA